AUGGCUAUUUGCAUUACGUUCGGAACGCAUGAGUUCACCUCUAUGCUUGAGGGAUAUGAGAAUGUCAGGGCAUAUUGCUACAACUGUCAGCACUGGAAUGGUCACUGUUUGACUCGAUGGCCUUUUUUCACCAUUUGCUUCAUUCCCGUGAUCCCUCUAGCAAUGCAUAAGUACAAGGAAGUCACAUGCUACACAUGUCGAUUUACCCAGGACCUGCGUGACCGGCCUGAUAUCACACCCGAGACAAGGCCUCCAGCAAAUCUACCACCAGGCCCAUAUCCACCACCACAGGCUUACUAUCCUCCGCCGCAAGCGACUGGCGCAGCACCAGCUCCACAGGAGCAGCCUCCUAAUUACGGGUACAAGUGA